CUCACAUCGCUGCCAGUUUCUUCACCCGCUUCUUCCUCAGGCUUUGCGACCGCUCUCUCUCCCGGUCUCCCCCUCGCUGCCUUCCAUUCCGGUCUAGGGUUUAUACCAUUCGCCUCUCGCCCCCCCGCCUUCCGAAUCGCCGGCGUCUCCGCAGGUUGGUGCCUGCCAAUCUAUCGAGCUAAAUGUCGCCGCGCCCAAAGGGGACAAGAGGGGUUUUGGGGCGGACGGCAGGAGUGUCAGGUGCGGUUGAGAGAGAAGGAGGGGAGACCAUGAGGCCGGUCUUCUGCGGCAACUUCGACUACGACACGCGACAGUACGACCUGGAGGGUCUCUUCUCCAAGUACGGCCCCAUCCGCCGCAUCGACAUGAAGUCAGGUUAUGCUUUCAUUUACUUUGAAGAUGAGCAUGAUGCAGAGGAUGCUAUAAGGCGCCUCGACAAUGUGUCUUUUGGCUAUAACAGGCGCAGGCUCUCUGUAGAAUGGUCGAGGCAAGUUGAACCAGUGUCAAGGAGCCGUGAUAGGCCUGCUGGGGAUGUAAAGCCAACUAGAACUCUCUUUGUUAUCAAUUUUGACCCCAUACGCACUAAAAUUCGAGACAUUGAGAGGCAUUUUGAACCAUAUGGCAAGAUUACAAACAUUCGUGUUAGAAGGAACUUUGCGUUUGUACAGUAUGAGACACAAGAGGAAGCUAGUGCUGCUGUCAAGAACACUGAUAAGAGCACAAUAUUGGACAGGGUGGUGACAGUUGAAUACGCCUUCCGGGAUGAUGACAAUGAAAGAGAUGACAGAUACGGCAGCCCCAAGCGAGGUGGUCAUGACAGGCGUCGCGGUAGCCCCUACAUGCGCUCACCUAGCCCAAGGUACCGAAGGGACUACAGUCCAAGUUACGAUCGGCGCGGGCGUUAUCCUGGGUAUGAUCGACGUGAUGGAGCAAUGUAUGAUAGGAGAAGCCCAGUAUAUGAUCGUUACGACAGGGGCAGAAGCCCUGCUUAUGAUCGCUAUGAUAGGAGGAGAAGUCCUGGUUAUGAUCAAUACUAGUUGGUUGAUCCUGAAGAAUCCAGUAAGGAAGUGGCAGGCGACAUGAUUUUCCUGUGCCAAGUAUACUUGGAGCUGCCUUGGUGUCCCAAAAUAGCGCAACAGUGUAACGUGAUUCUGUAGUUUCUGUUGUUGAUAGGAACAAGUAUCGUAUGCUACAUGGAUUGCUUGCCGUUGCCACCUUGCCUAUUUCAAGUAUAAUUUUUGGCGCUGAUAUUGGAAACCUGACCAGCUUUUACACUGAAUCUAUGCAUUCACAUUUCUCACU